CCUCUCUCAGAACAGUUCGUGCUUUUAUCUAAAACAUUUUAAAAAUAUGCUCCAUUUCGUACUGGUGGUGUUGGGUCUACUGCUAUUGAUUCUUUACAAGUUCGCCACGUGGAACUUUGGCCACUGGCGACGGCGGAAUGUGAGGGAAAUACGUGGUCUGCCACUUCUCGGAACGUUUCCGAAUAUGGUCCUCCUCCGCCGAGACUUCACAUUGGACAUCAACGAUUUGUAUAUGAAGUACCGAAAGGACCACAGCUAUGUGGGGGUCUUUUGGCUGCGCAGCCCCAAGCUUUUGGUGCUGGAGCCGAGACUGGUACACGAGGUCCUUACCGCGGGCUUCAGGCACUUUGGGGACAACAACAUAUCGAAGCUCGUCAACUGGAAGAACGAGAAGCUGACCAUGUGCAAUCCCUUCUCUCUCAAAGGCCAAGCUUGGCGGAAACAGAGAGACAUCUUCAACACCCUGAUGACCACUGCUCGCAUUAGAAGUGCCCACAACAGUAUGCGGCGCAUUUCUGAGGAGCUGUGCGAUUUCAUUCAGCGAAAUUGUCGCUCUGGACAGCCUCAGGAUGUUGGAGAUCUGGCGGUGCUAUUCAACAGUGAGGUUUUGCUGGAGAGCGUCUUGGGCAUCCGGGCCGGCAGUUUCAGCGACUCUCCAGUAGUCGUGAAGGAAAUAAACAAGGAGAAGUCGGAUAGUCUUUGCUUGACCCUCUGCUGGGCCCUGGAAUGUCUGUUCCCAUUCCUGCCCAACUGUCUGCGCCCAAGCAUUUUCCCGCAGUCAUACAAGCAGUUCUUUACGGAACUUACCCGGGAGGCCUUUCGUCUGGCGCGAGGUAGGCAGAAUGGAAAGGACUUUGUCAGUCACCUGCUCGCACUUGAGCGUGAUCUCGAGUUAUCCGAGCAAGAACUAACCUCCCAUGCCAUGACCUUCAUGUUCGAUGGACUAGAUACUUCUUCGCUAACCAUAGCAAAAUGCCUAUUCCUGCUAGGACAGAACCCGACCUGUCAGCAAAGGCUUUGGCUGGAACUGAGGCACGCGUUCCCAGGGAAAUUACCAGAUCUAGAAACCCUGAACGAACUGGACUAUUUGACUGCCUGCGUGUAUGAGUCGAUGCGCGUGAACCCAAGCUGUGGCUGGAUUCUCAGGAGCUGCACGGAGGAAUACACCUUCCAUGGCAGUCUCCACAGCACUGCCCUCAAAGUGUAUCCCGGCGACCACGUCCUGCUUCCCCUUCACGGGCUCUACAGCGAUCCCCAGUUCUUUUCCAAUCCCGAACAAUUUCGCCCCGAACGCUUUUUAGAUGGCGGAUAUCAAAGGUUCAAGAAGAUGGGAGUUUUCGCUCCUUUUGGCCUUGGGCCGCGUCAGUGUGUUGGCAUCCGUUUAGCUUGGCUGCAAGUCAGGGCUGCCGUGGCCUCUAUAGUAUACCGCUUUGUAGUUCGCACCAAGAAUACGGAAGUGAAUCCGCAGUCGGAUGCUCCUUGGCUGUGUGACUUUAUCUCCCGUACUCCCAACUGGGAUGAUCAAGCCGACCCACUUUGAAUGAAAAUCUUGAAUUUUUGAAAUAUUCGGAAAUUGAUCAUUUAUUUCUAAACUUGCAAUUUUCGUUUGUUCUGUACUUCCAACAUUAUGAGAAAAAAUACGAAUUCUGAUUUUA